UGUUGUCAAAAAUUUGUCACAUAAUUUAGCUGAAUGAAAAAGAAAAAAUUCUGGUUUAUUUUUUCCAUUUUGUAGUUUUAUGGCAAAUAUGCUAAAGUAAAAUCUCAAUGAUACUUUGGUUUCUUUACGGCAACAGCAGUCGACGAGUUCGGUAACAUCCUGGCGCAGGUUGCCACUGAAGAGAAGCUUUCGUGGACCAUUUUAAAUGGCGACAGCGCCAAAGAGAAAGGGUGACCCACUUGCCACAAAUUCAUCGCAAGAUCUAGUCACCGAUCAAGCCUCGGGUAGACGAGCUGAGCAAAAAGUCUAUACAUUUAACAACGAGAAAUCGGCUCAUGCAAAGCCCGCCUCAUCACCCACGAAAGAUGAGAAGGUCAAGCCGCAGAAAACGAUAUUGGAGGAGCACGGCAUCAUCUUGGGCAAGGUAAUUGGCACGGGGAACUACGCCAAAGUGAAGAUCGGUUUCUCCGAGGAGUAUGGCAAACGGGUGGCUGUUAAAAUCAUAUCCAAGGUGAAGGCACCCACUGAAUACACUCAAAAGUUUCUGCCACGCGAAAUUGAAGCUGUGAAGGGCCUGCACCAUGAGAAUCUGAUAACAUUCUAUCAGAGCAUCGAGACGAGUCAUAGAGUCUAUUUGAUAAUGCAGCUAGCAGAGAAUGGCACUUUGCUCGAUUAUGUGCGCGAGAAGAAGUUCUUGGACGAGGCACAAUCGCGCACGCUAUUCAAGCAACUGAUCAGUGCCGUUGAGUACAUACACAGCAAGGGAGUCGUGCAUCGGGAUAUCAAGUGCGAGAACCUACUGCUGGAUGAGAACUGGAAUUUGAAGCUGAUCGAUUUUGGUUUUGCACGCAAAGAUACGCGCACUACCGAAAAUCAAGUAGUGCUGUCAAAGACCUUUUGCGGCAGCUAUGCAUAUGCCAGUCCAGAGAUUCUAAAGGGCGUUGCCUACGAUCCAUUCAUGUCUGAUAUUUGGGCCUGUGGCGUCGUCUGCUAUGCCAUGGUCUUUGGCCGCCUGCCCUACGAUGGCUCCAAUGUGCAUAUUCUGCUUAAGCGCAUCAACCAGUCGCUAGUAUUCCCCAAGAAUCCGAUAGCCAGCACCGAAUGCAAGCACAUGAUCAUGCACAUAUUAGCGCCCGUCAAAAUAAGAUACACUGUGCCCCAAAUCAAGGAAGAUGCUUGGCUGAGCAACAAAUAACAGACAACAUAUUCAAUCGAUUUGCCAUAGUCCAGUUCUCACUGUUGUCGUAGCAAAAAUUAAACAAACAAAUAUUUAAUAUAAAUUUUUAGUCAAUAAAACUACACAAUUAAACCAA